AUGCGUCGUAUUUCAACCUCAAAGACAAACAAUUCCGCAAACAAGCCUCAUUCUAACUCUGUUAAUGCCGAUACUAGUGUUACUACACUUGAGCAAACGCCCACUCAUCGCUUUCGACGCUGGUUCUCUCGCCGGGGGCCAAAGUCUUGCGCUGAUUCUCGUAGAAACCUUCCAGGAAGCCUCAAUCAACUGGUCAUUAUUUGCUGGCCCGGUUGA